UCGUAACAACAAAUAUUGAUAAUAACCAUUAUAGCGAAUAAAAAAGACCGAGUGUUAAAAUUGCUAAAAAUUUCAUAAAUAAAAUAGGAAGUGAUUUUAAAAAGACAAUUUUGUCUUAAUAAAGUUGAAAAAAUAUAAUAUUACAUAAAAUUAAGAUGACAGCACCACCACCACCAACUAAUCCUUAUUAUCCUCCACCACAAAAGGAACCAUAUCAAGGCUUGUCAAAUCCUCCUCCUUACAAUCAACAGCCGCCUGCUUACCCUGUUUCAGGUUAUCCUGCAUCUGGAUUCCAAGGGCCCCCACCUGGAUUCCAAGGGCCUCCACCUGGUUAUCCUGUGUCACAGCCGGGUUAUCCAGUUGCUCAACCUGGAUAUCCUCCACAGCAACCAGGUUAUCCGCCCUCUGGUUACCCGGGUUAUCAACAGACAGGUCCAUAUCCUGCACAACCUACCAACACAACUUUGAUAAUGCAACAGCCUCCACAACAAGUGUAUGUUCAUCAAAAAAAAGCCGACACAACUGCUGAAGAUUGUGCACUUGGUGCUCUAUGCAUGGCAUGCCUAUGUUGUUGUCUAAUGAGUGAUUAAAUUUAUUGCUUCAAUAUCAGAUAAUAUAUUAUUUGAUUAAACGUUAUUUUAAAAAGUUUUAUUUUUAGUUGGUUGUAGAGUUUUGAGAUUUAAAAUUUUGUGUUUGAAAAAAGUAUACGUACAGUAUAAAUAUACUAAACACAUACUAAGUAAAUAUUGGUAGAUGUUUUUUUUUUAAGACUACAAAUGACUGUUUAUUUUUUUUUGUUUUGUGUUAUUAACUUUUAUAAUAUUUUUUAAUAUUGUUUCAUAAACGCCCUGCUAUUUUAGUUUUAAUAUUAGGCUCAUAUAUUUUUGCGGGCGUACGGGUUUUCGUUGACAAAAACCAUUGGUGAAAACCUUCAUAAUAUCUUUUUUUUUUAAUGUUAAAAUAAUUCUCUCAAGAAAAUUUUUUGAUGAUAUAAACACAAAUUUCUUCAAAAGUUAUUACAAAAGUUUAUAAAAAACGCUAUUUUCGUAAUGUUUGAAUGCUUAGAGUUUUUUUUAGCGAAAAAAUCCAAAAGAAUUAAAGCUGAUUUUAAAGACAUUUUUAAAAGAACAUUGUGAUUUUGGUUUACAUGACCAAUGAUAUAUAAAUAAAUAAUAGAAACUAAUGUGUGACAUUUAUAACGUUUGCAUGCAUGCAAUCAUUGUAUAUACAUAUUAUAUGUAAUACAAAUAGAUUAUAUGUUAUAAUAUGUAAAAACUUUAUAUAUUUAUAGCGUUUAAUCAAAGAUCUUAACAAGUUGCCUCUACUUAAUGCGUUAAAGUUACAGAAAUUUAUUAGAGGUCACAAACUACAUAGGUCUAUAGUAUUCAUAGGUCCAAAUCAUUUAAGUUUUAUAAUUGUUUAGUUAUAUAUCAUCGGACAUUGAGAUAACGAUAGAAUAAAAAUUUAAAAGUUAACGUUUUUAUUUUAUCUGUAAUUUAUAUAAAUUUGAAACUUUUGACGGGCGUUUUCUGUUUUUUAUGAUAAAUAGAAUUGUAAAUUAAAUUUUUUUAUAGACUUGUAUUCUUUUUUUCGUUUACAUUAAACAAUACAUGGUGUUUGAUUUA